CAGGACGGUCGUCCGGGAUUCCUUCACCUCACACCACGAGCUUCCGACGCCCACACGACGAUUUCAAGAUCCGCCUUUGUGCAUUUGUCUAGUUCAGCACAGCGUCUCUGUAUAACAACGUGUUAGACGAGCUUACAACUACUUCUCUCCAAAGAACAUAGAAAUCGCGUCGAAACGAGGUUAAAAAUCAAAGAAGGAAAAAGCACACGACGAGACUUUUCCCCAAACCAAAGAAACAAAACAACAACAACACACCCCAAAUGUCGCAAAGAUAGAAGACCUACCCACCGAACCUCACAGAUUCAAGCGAUGCCGAGCUUCUUCCAAUUCACCCAAGGCAACGAGUCCCGCACCCGCCUCACGAGCGACGCCUCCCCGCUGCUGGGCCGUUUCCGCGCCGUACCCCCGCGAUCCGACGUCCCCGGCCGCCGCCGCCGCUCCAGCACCCUUGGCUUGUUCACGUCUAACAACCGUGGAAGCGUAUACGUCGGCUACGGCGCGCUUCUGUCCGCCUCGGGGCUCGAGAACCACGAUAAUGAUGCUGCAAGGGGCGGCGACUGGGAGGACUUGAGCGCGUGGGCGCGCACCUGGCGCAAGAUCUCCAACGUCUGGGUCGAACCGAAGCAGAGUGCCGUCAAGGGCGUUGUCGACGUGUGGUGGAGUCGGUAUGGAGUCUUGGUGCUGAUGCCUGCUGUUCUGGCUAUUGCGUGGUGUGCGAUACCGUUCCCAAAGUACUCCUUUCCCGGCGAGGAUGACGAUGAUCGAAGUGAGCCCCUGCCAGGGUCUGGGCGUAAGAUACCCGGCCACGGAGAAGCAAGAGUUCAGAUCAAUUUUUGGUUCUUUCUCUUCGUGUACUACGGUUUCUACAACAUUACGGCUCUGAUAUGGAUCACCAAGGUCUUCAACUUGUACAGCUUGAACUGGUGGCCGCAAUCCUUUGGCUUUCCCGUUACGAUGUCCAUUAUCGCCCUCAUCUCGAUAGCAGUCCCUAUCCCCAUCUACCUGGUCCCAGAGACGCGCUUCCUCACCGCUCACAACACGGCCUGGAUUUCCUGGACCUUCAUCGUCAUGGCCAUGCCAGUUGCCAUUGCCUUUUGCAUCCUCCUUACCUCCCAGCGUCACCUGAAGCUGCGCCAGUCGCUCUCCGAGACCCAACGCAUCUUCACCACGUCCUGGUGGACGGGCGAGGCCGAAGGGAGCAUCCCCCGUCGCGAUAAUCGCCGGCGGCCGAAUCUCAGCAGCGAUGCCUUUGACCCGGACGCGACGCUCCAGGUCGCCGCUGAGCAGUCUCGCAAUAUGGGCGGCGUUAGGAUGCGCCGUAGGUGGCUUCCCGCCAGCUUCGUCCGCUUCAUCUGGUUCUGCUUGGCCCUUUUUGUCGGGCUCAUGGCGUACGUCAUAGGAGAGGCCUACGCUGAGAUUUACCUGCGCACGCUGCCUCACAACAACUUGGAGACCAUCGUGUACGUCUACAGCUGGAUCAUCACGGUUCAUUUACUUGAUGCUCUCACGGGCUGGCUUCUGGGUAUCCGCGAGGGCGAACGAGUGGGGAGCUACCCCCUGAGUUGGGUCUUCAAACUAUACUUUAUGCUCACCUACCAAACCUACGUCCGCGCUCUGUACGCGCGCCUCCGCUCCCCGGAACAGUUCAUCUACCUCCAGAUCCUCUCCAGCAGCACGCUCAUCAUCCUCACCCCGCUCACAAUGUCCCGCCUCUACCACCGCAUCACCGUCGCCCUUAACUUCACGGACCAGUCCUACGCCUCGUACCAAAAAGUUUGCACCCGCAACGUCUUCAUCCGCUUCCUCGCCGAGAACGUCUCCAUGGCCGCCUUCCUCGGCAGCGUGCUGGUCCUGCACUUUGGGCCCAACAAGGACGUCUACCCAUACUUCGCCUUUGACGGGAAAGUGACGGGCGACGACUACGACUACGAUUUUCGUCUCACCUUUUGGGCCUCGUCCGUCACCUGGGCCUGCGAGCUCGUCGCCUCCGUCAUCGUACGCGGGCUCAUCAGCUGGUUCUUCGGCGUCGAUGUCGGUAUGGAGGGCAAGCUUGACCUCGCCGUGUGGCCGGAGCUGCUCCCGACGAGCGUGGCUGUCAUGUUCCACGUCCUGCAGAACAUGUUCUUCUCCAUCAUCCGGCUGCAGUUCCACUGAUGGAAAGGAAGCGGAACAAUCAGACGCAAACGCCCUCAACCCCAAACUCGGCUGGUUCCCGCUGGCUUUCUCUUCGGCUCCUACAUGCCGAUAUCGCCCUAUCUUAUCACCAUUACAUCGAACGGUUUCCCCCAUUGCAGAGGCGUUAUCCGAACUCUCAUUGAGCGCCUUCAUUUCUUUCGGCAAGAGAUUGCACUCUGUCCAGGGUGUGUAACACGGCAUUCUGGGUUACUUUUUCCUUCUCUCUCAGCAUCGAGCGAUACCAACAAUAACCGGCGUACGACUUUUUCUUUCUUUCUUUCAUGGAUGGAUAACGAACAACUUUCUUUCUCUUUCGCAUACCUUGGGCGUACAUGUUGUUCUUUAUUCUGUUCUCUUGCCGCGUCUGCGUUUUUGGCUAAUUGGUGCGGAAAGAACCAAGAAAGAUACCCCCACUUCCUCGUCUCGUUUCCUCCCUCUUUUUAAUACCCCAUACUCGCUCAUGGUUUCCACGUUUUAUUAGAUUAGAGAUACCAAAAACUCAUCAGUUCCCUUCCUUGGCAUGAUUGUUACGAAAGAUCGGUUACUAGUUUUCUUUUCUGGGGGGUAGAAAGAAAGAUAGAAUGUUAAUACUUACGUAGAGAUUAAUGAUCAACAUGUUAGACGACCCAACAAUCACUUUGGUGACUUAAUUUGACCGCUUUGAUGAAUAUACAUGACCUGCAGGAAAACAAGAGGCGAAUGAAUAAGAGUGACUAUCUACUUACAGAGUAAACUAAAUCAGUGUAGAGUUGGAAAAAGAGAAAACGCAAUACUGCCAAAGCCGUUGAGUCGCGCAGUCUGCUUCUUGUCUCCAAAGAUCCUCAUUCAAUCGGCCAUCUAGGAAGCUCAUUGGCGCCGUCAAAAUCGAAAUCGGCUACCUGCAUGAUGUCGUCCUACCACCACACUCCUCCGUCUUGGAGCCAUGACACACGCGGUCGACACCCUCUUCAUCCAGAGCAUCGCGACUCGGUCAAGCUUUGGUGCGGCUCGCUCUGGCCACUCGUGGAAACCGAAGCCGCUGAACGGUCUCUGUAGAGUCCCGACAGAUCCCGUGGAACCAGCGAGCUUCAUUCCGGUUUUGGGUAGGGCCGGCCACAGCGGUAACCGUGGUUGCGUCGGCGAGACGACGCCGUUGCCUAACAGGCAGAGAGAGAGAAAAAGCAAAGAAACAUCAUCAGCGCGCAGAAUUGGUCCACGGAUAGCCGCUUUCCCCGGACGAGUUGGAAUGGGGGCUGAUUGCAGCCGGCCAACAGCCAUCAGAGAUACCAAUGCCACCUGGCACGAAUAGGACAUCGACCCAAUAGUCUCUGACUGCAUCUUCCCUACAAAGAUUCGAGCGACGUCAGCAAAUAGUUACCCACAGUUGCAUAUUCUUCUCCUAGGCCUUUUCCUUCUUUCUCCAGAUCACGGAGCCAAUGACACCAGACUCGGACAGUAGCGGUGAGGAAUAGGUCGCUCGAUGGUCGGCCAUGAAAGACUGACUCAUUUGCAUCGACUACCCGCUAGCGGCGCCGGAGCUACGGCAUCAUCAAGCUUCUCAAGGCCAAACGGAAAGGGUAGGGGCCGUCAAUAAGGCAUCCGGUUGUGAAAACUUGCUGCCGUGAGGUUGCGUCAACGGGUCCGUUUCCACCUGUGCCGGAGCGUUUUGGACGCCGCUAAUGCACCCAAUUUUGGUCGCCGCUGGCCCCGGGCAUGUGAAGCUUUCCGUCUCAUGUUGCGGCUACGAUAAUCCCCGGCUCGUAUAGGAAGUGCUUCCACAGUUUGUUCCGGACUCAUAGUGUUGGCCUGUUGCAGGGAAUUCCUGAUGACUACCGGAUGACCGAGAGAGCCCGUUAUGUUUCGUUGGGAAAGGCAAUUGUUCUUAGUAUUCUACAGAGGUAUAUUAGUUCCAAAGAACCCGAGGAGAGACCUUUUGCCCGGCAAAGACACCAAGGUACAGCGGCUGACAUCUCUGUCCGAGCCGCCCGAUGAAAUCGAGUUCCACUGUCCGUGGGGAGGCCGCGUCUUGUCCUUGGCUUGAACGGGGCCUGAUGGCAAAUCGAUGACAAAAAAAUAUGUUGAUUUCGGCCACUCAGCAGAAGGGCCAGGGGUGGCACUGUUUAAAUGCGUUUGGCGGAAUGGCUUCCGACCUG